CUGUGGAUGAACUGUCUUUGGUUUCCAACUUUCCACACCACAAAGGGUUUCCCAAAAGUUCAUCCUUAGAACCUUUGUAGGAGCAUCGUUAAAUCUCCGAUCUGCUUCCCAAAAACAUAGUUAUUAACAUUGCACUUGAAAACGCUCCUAAUCUAACACCAGGCACAGACCACUUGUAGAACAGAUUAGAAUGUUUACUUGAAGUUGUCAUACACGAGAUAGCCUACCAAUGAACAAUCAAACAUAUUUGUGGGUUCUGGUGGGCAUCUUUCUCAUGCUGACUCAGACUGGAGUUGGUAUCAGAGUCAUCUCUUACAAUGGCCGCCCAACAGUGACUCAAGGACAACACGCAGACUUGACCUGUGAGCUCAUAGAGACAGACGAGGAGCUCAUCCAGAUCUCAUGGCAGAAGAGUACCAGGGGUUACCGUGCCAACCACAACUUCUUCAUCAUCACCCCAACCUAUGGUCCAUCACAUGUCAAAGGGCGGGGGGACAGGGUGGGCUUCAUUGGGAACACCACAGCACUGGUGGGCUCUAUCCGACUGGGGGAUGUGUCCCUGACUGAUGAGGGUGUCUACACCUGCAUCUUCACUGUGUUCCCCAGUGGGCCAUACAUGACAGAGAUCCACCUCAAUGUCCAAAUUCCUCCUGUGAUUUCGGUUGCUGUGGAGACUCCACCCGUGGUUGCUGAGGGGCAGGAGAGCAUCUUGGCCACAUGCACAGCGGCUAACGCCAAGCCCCCUGCAGAGGUACAGUGGAGCACGGCCAGUGCAAGACUACCACUGAGUCUGACAACCUCAACCAACACUACACUGAACCCAGACGACACCACCACGGUGAGGGUCCAUCUGAAGGGAGAGCCCUCCAGAGUCAUGCACCAACAGGAGGUUCAGUGCCUGGUAAACCACACCACUCUGAGCCAGCAGAGGGUCAUUCCCUAUGAGCUAGAUGUACACUAUCCUCCAAAUUCGGUCAAAUUCAUCCUUCAUGAGAGAGCACCCCAGGUACUGGCGUUUCAGUGUGUAGUAGAUGCCAACCCCACUCCAACAGAGUUCACAUGGAAGAGACUGAAUAGAUCAAAUCUCAGCGAGACUGGGGGCUUGUUGGAGUUAGAGAAGGUGGGCUCUGACUUCAGUGGUCUGUACAGCUGUGAGGUGUCCAACCCAUACGGAGCAGCAUCUGGUUUCCUGUAUGUGCAUAAAGUUGAUCAGCGCUCCAUUGCACCAGUAGCCUUGUGGGUUUUCCUCCCCAUCCUCCUCCUCCUCCUCUGCGUUGUAGCUGUAUCUCUCUGGCUAUUAUUUUCCAGAGGACCCCUGAGAGAGAGAGCCAUGGCACUGUUUUUUUGUAGAGGAGAGACCAGCCAAAACCAAGGAAAGGUAAGCCGUAAAGAACUCCAGGAUUCUCCAGCUUCUGAGUCCGUUGAGGUUGAGAAACAGAAAGGUGCAGUUUGAUAAGGUUUAUGUUGACUGGAUAACAUGAGGGGUUUCUCGAUGUUAAAAACAGGGCCAUGUAUUUUCUGUGCUCUUGCAAUUUCUAUGUUUACAUGUUCUAACUAGCAUCUAAACUGUUUAGAAGUCCACAGCACACUACAGUACACAAGUGUGAAGGUGAUUUCUAUGGGGCGUUAUAUGUUUUUCUAUGGGGCGUUAUAUGUUUUUCUAUGGUCUUGACUGUUUAUGUUAACAUUUUCAGACAGUUUUGUUAAAGACUUGUUUGUAAUGGUAAAACUGUACCUCGACAUCUGAGUUUGUAUUAGGCAUAAGAGGAUACAGCAUUAAUCAUUUGAAUGAUAAAAAUUCCUCAAGCAAGUUUAAGUAUCACUGUAUUUGUGUAGGA